CAGGUACUGGUGCUCUGGACACAACCUCUUCACCUGUCAUCAUGGAGCUAGGAGAGGCCUUCACCAUCUUUCUGGAGCUCUGCUUGUUUUUUUUGCUCAUCUUCACUGCCUGGGUACAGAUCAACAAGAAGGGAAAUCUGCCCCCUGGCCCCACACCUCUGCCCUUCCUGGGGAAUGUGUUGCAACUCCAUGCUGGUAACAUCUCUCAGUCUUUCACAAAGCUCAGGGUGAAAUAUGGCCCAGUCUUUACAGUGUACAUGGGUUCCCGGCCAGUAGUUGUUUUAUGUGGACAUGAAGCAGUAAAGGAAGCCCUGGUGGGCCAAGCAGAUGAGUUCAUUGGCCGUGGGAAGAUGCCUUCACUAGAGAGAAGCUUCCAAGGUCAUGGUGUAGUUCUGGCUAAUGGAAAACGAUGGAGGAUUCUCCGAAACUUCUGCCUGACCACCCUUUGGGACUUCAGGUUGGGAAGGCGGAGGAUUGAGAAUCGGAUCCAGGAGGAGAUCAGCUUUCUACUGGAGGAAUUUCAUAAAGCCGAUGGUGCCCCCAUCAAACCCAGCUUCUUCCUGAGCCGCAGCGUCUGUAACGUCAUCAGUUCCAUUCUCUUUGGGAGCCGCUUUGACUAUGAGGACAAGCAGUUUCUGAAGCUGCUGCAGAUGAUUAAUGAGAGGUUCACUGAAAUGAACUCGCCCUGGACGCAGCUAUAUGACAUGUAUUCCGGAAUCAUGCAAUAUUUGCCAGGAAGACAUAAUCGCAUCUACUACCUGACAGAAGAGCUCAAGGACUUCAUUGCCUCGAGGGUCAAGAUCAACGAGGCAUCCUUUGACCCACAGAACCCUCGGGACUUCAUUGACUGCUUCCUCAUCAAGAUGCACCAGGAGAAAAAUGAGGCCUACACAGAAUUCAACCUUAAGAACUUGAUCGUCACCACUCUCAAUCUACUCUUUGCUGCCACAGACUCAGUGAGCGGCACCCUCUACUAUGGAUUCCUGCUGCUAAUGAAGCAUCCUGAGGUGGAAGCCAAGAUCUGUGAAGAGAUUAACCAUGUGAUAGGACCACACCGAAUCCCAAGUGUGGAUGACCGAGUCAAGAUGCCCUACACAGAUGCUGUAAUACAUGAGAUACAGAGAGUGAUUGCACCCCUGGGAUAUCCCCACAGUGUCACUCGGGACACUUAUUUCCGAGGCUACCUUCUGCCCAAGGGCACUGAUGUGUUUCCUGUGCUUGGCUCCGUCCUCAAAGACCCCAAAUACUUCCGCUACCCAGAUGCCUUCUAUCCUCAACACUUCUUGGAUGAGCAGGGCCACUUCAAGAAGAAUGAAGCCUUUGUGCCUUUUUCUUCUGGAAAGCGCAUCUGCCUGGGCGAGGCCAUGGCCCGAAUGGAACUCUUCCUCUACUUCACCUCUGUCCUUCAGAACUUCUCGCUACGCCCGCUGGUGCCACCUGCUGACAUCGAUAUCACCCCCAAGAUCUCAGGCUUUGGCAACAUUCCCCCAACCUAUGAGCUCUGCCUGGUGGCCCGCUGAGCGCCCCCUACUGGGUGCAAAAGGAACCAUGGAGAGCUCUACCCAAGUAUACAGGGGCACCCACCCCCAUCUCCUUAAAAUCUCUCAACAACCCUAAGAGAAGGUGCUACUGUCGUGGGGCCACAGGUCAGUGAGGGUCACUUGAAAAUAUAGAGUUGCUUAUCUUCUAGAAAAGCCAGGCCCUGUCCAACCUUUCAGCAACAACCUGGAGAAUUUGCAUUCUCCUGUUCACCUCUGCCUAGGCUUCCUGUCUCCACCAAAUUCUUGUUGUAGAUUCUCUGGCUUUAUGCUGUCCCUUUGUGUGUGCACA